AUGUUUCUGCCAGAUCCAAAUCGACCGAAGUUAAGUCCAGAAUAUCGCGCCUUCGAAACUAUACUUCAAAGCAUACCUCGAAUUGAAUAUGAUCCGCUGAUGGAUAGAUUUGAAAGAGCUAAGGAAAUGCGUUCAAAAUUUCCUUUCGGUUCAAUUAUCCCUCGCCCUUCGGGAUGUCAAUUUAAAAAACAAGUAUUCGAGUACGAAGGUCAAACAGCUGAUGCCUAUUGGAUAAACAAUUUUGUUCAAGAAAAAAAAUGGGAAUCGGAUCGAAUUUUACUUUAUUUUCAUGGUGGAGGUUAUUUAUUAGGUGAUUUUCACACUUAUAGUGGAUUCGAAUGUCAUCUAUCUCGUCUUUUCAAUAUGACUGUUAUCCAUUUGGAAUAUCGUCGUAUACCUGAAGAUCCAUUGCCAGCAGCUGUUCAUGAUGCACUCACGCUCUAUCGUGCACUGCUUCGCGAUGGUAUUUCUUCAUCUCGUAUGGUUAUUAUGGGCGAUUCAGCUGGUGGAGGUCUUUCUUUACUCACUGUUCAAGCAAUUCUUGCUGAUCAAUCACCGAAGCCUCGUGCUGUUGUUACUUUAUCUCCAUGGACUGAUUUGUCAUCAUCUGGUGAGAGUAUCACACGUAAUCGUCUAAUGGAUGUAAUGGUUCGUGCCGAAGAUCUUCCUUGGUUGAUUGAACAAGUCUUAGGCCCGAGUCAUGCUCAAAUAGCUCGAGAUGAUCCCUUACAUAGUCCACUAUAUGGUUCGUUCAAAGAUUUUCCUCCUCUGUAUAUUUCAGUAGGAACAGCAGAAGUAUUGGAGGACGAUUCGAGACGAGUAGUUGACAAAGCACGACGAGAAGGAGUCGAUGUAACCCUUGAUGUUGGAGAACAUAUGAUUCAUGUCUAUCCAAUCUUUUUUCCUUAUUUUCGCGAAGCACGAGAUGCACUCGACAACAUUCGUCAAUGGCUUGAAACAAAAUUUCAAUGA